CGGUUGAGCGUUAAUGUUCGAUGCAGGACGUGCCCACGGGAAAGGCCACUUGAGGAUCUGGCGCGCAUCGAAAUGUCGCGUCUGAUUGCCGCGUUGGCAACCGUCUUUUAACGGUGUUUGGUAGAGCGUCUAUCCACCUCCAAAAAUGUGCGGCGGAGACCGCAGACUUGGUGUGUCCUGUCCGGUAUGUCAACAGCCCAACUCUUGCAGAAAUCUCGUCUCGUUGCUAUGAUGGUCGGCUUCUUCGUUUAGAACUUCCCAUCUGAACUGUUUCUGAAGGGCAUUGUACUCAACUUUUUGUCGUUCUUGUUUCAUGGUAUAUCUUGUACAGUAGUCGAUGAAUGUCCUCCGUUGGUGAAGCGAGUCUUGAUUUACCUUAGGCGCCCGAAAGGGGGGUCUACGGACAGGUCAGUGUUUGUAAGUGGGAUCGUUAGAUUUCGAGUGGGUAUGACGGGUCAGGUUUCGGACGCGGCGCCCUGAGGUAAAGCUUACGGACGUACGGGUCAAUGUCGUGCCAGCGAUUGUAAGUUUUAGCAAUAAUCAAGGAUGUUACGCAAUAUUGAUGCGAUGUUGGUGUGAGGCAUGCAUGCCAUGAGAUGUGACGCAACUGUUUGUGUUGCUUGUUCGCUUCUCGAGCAAAUGUGGUAUAUGGGAACGUUUGCACGUCACGACUGUUAACGACCCUUUCUCUCUUCGACUUAAUGUUUGCUAGCCGCUUUCUCUUACCAGUUCGAUCGCGACUUUUGCGGGAUGGAUGCUCGUCCUUCUGCUGCAAUGCAGGUGGGAAUGUGGCCCCUGUUCUCUGUUGGAGUCGUCAGAAGCGUCAUUGUGAAUGAAGGUCUGUGGUCUGUUCCAUUCAUUAGUAGACUCGUCGACUCUGCCAGGUCGCCAUUGUGGACGUGUCAAGGGUUUGUCAGAUUGUGCCGCAGUCGUUCGUCGUUUAAACUCGCGCAAUUGCCCUGACGAUGUUUUUUUUAGCAUCUGCUCUUAACUACCCUUUCCUACCGUACUCUUCCUUCGUUAUGCGCAUCUUGGUGGUGGGAACUACGCUGCGUAUCAGUGCGUGCGAUUAUGACCCGUGAAUCAACUGUGGUGAAUAUUCCCUCUUACGCGGUCUUGGUAGAAUGUUUGUGGUGCGUAAUAAUGUGCAUAUGACGCGUGAAUCACCUGUGACGAGUAUUCACGCUACGCGGUCUCGUUGGAGUAGACCCUUUGACUUCGUAUAUUUUGUAUCUCGCAAGGGUUAUCGUUGAUUGGUGUUCACGUCCUACGGGCAAGAUUAGUCUCUCGGCAUUGCAGAACGUAGGGCAGCCUCACUGUCCCCUUGCUCUCUGUCUACCCUUUGUUUCAUCGUGCAGAGGAUGAGUCAAAUGAAAAUUUUCGCGAUUGAGUGUACCCGAACGGGUUAUCCUCGCAGUGUACCCGAACGGGUGAUCCUCGCUCGUAUUUGCCUAAGGUUGCGGGUGACAGACAUGAUCCCAAUCAAAUCAGUCUCUGAUUGAAAAUUUAAACUGAUUGGGAUCGUUGAGUACCUCAAAGAACGCAAAUGGGUCGCUUCCGAAUGAGUUAUGUCAAUGCCACGGUAUACGGGAGCUGUGCCGAAGCGGCGGGUUGGUUGCCAGCACCAUUGUUGAGAGUUCCACAGAUCUCGUUGGCUGACACCGCCAUCGGCGUGAAUCUCAAACCGAGUGGUGGUCGAGAUGAACGUGUGGCAGUCAGGGGAAUGGUUGUCAACCAAUCAGUCGUGAAGCCGCAGCUCAGCUGGUGUCUGUGUACGUUGGUGUUAGUGUUGCUGAGAGAUGCGGAAGAGACCCAUUCUUGUGUGUUUUCGUUAAUCUUGCCGAGUGAUGCGAAAGAGACCCAAUAUUGUCCCUUGCUUGCGGGAUGUCUUACGUGUGUUGGAGACGCGGCUGGCUCCCAUCCUGUAUCUGUGGUGGUGAUCAAGUUAAGAGUGCGGUGAUGUUCGACUGCAUUCCACUUUGAAUGGCGAGAAUUGAAAGUUUUGGUUAGGUCUUACUGUUGUCUGCCACUCGUGUGCAAUGAGCUGGGAUAAUGUGCAUGGCUCCUUGUCUUUAUGACGAACUCAUUGUGCCACACGUCCACCGUAUGGUUACGCGUAUGAAACAGUUCUCGCCUGUGGACGAAGGAAGCACUGCUGUGGAUGUGGACGGGAUUUCCUGUGCACGGAGACUCGCGCUUUGGCAGUUGCAAGGUAAUCUUUGCUCUCUGCUGAUCAGCACGUUCUCGGAUAGAGGAGAAGGGAACGGGGAACGGAUUCGGGCUUUUUUUCUCCGUGGGAGGGGAACGGAGCAUAUUUCGGCGCAAGUAAUGCUCGCUUUGUACAUGUUGAUGUUGCUUGCUGGUCAGUUCAUUCCUGCAUUUGCAUGUUGUGACCGGGGUUGUCCCGACUUCUGCCGACAUUCUUUGUAGCAUUUCUCAGUCCUUUCCUAUCUCAUGUGAUUUGAUGGGUUGGCCUCUUUCUUCGUGCGAGGCCUGGCAAGUGGAUAUUGUCGGAGUGUUACGUAUCAAUGCCUGUUGCAACAGAAUGGGUUUUUAUGGGACGAUCGGGUGUUCCUUGUGUGCACGAGAACAGGUCAUACUGGAACGCGUGACGAGUGUCUUGUGAGGAUGCCUGUUCGCUCUCAAAAGCCAUGUGCAGAGUGAAACCCGUGUGUAGGUAGUUGAGUACAUCGUUGUUUUCGUCAAUUUCUCCAACAUUGGCUUUCAGGGUGGGCAGUCGGUGGGAUGUCUUUUGCGCGAUCGAUUUCCCCAUCUUGAUUUGGUUUGUCUCGAUUUGUCUUCCCUGUUUCUCGGUUGUUUUUGUAAUGUGAAUGGUGGCUAAUAUGAAAACUUCUAUGCUAUGUUUCUCGGUGGUGUUUGUAAUGUGAAGAGGGGGCGGGGAGGUAACUUUUGGAAUGGGAAUCGCGGUGUAACCUGCCUUAAUAUGUGCGAUGUGAGGCGGAAAAAGGCAGUUAAAUGUGAACGUACCAGACAUGAAAGUCGUGUCCGACUGGUUCUAAUCGUAUGCCAUGGAAUGUAAAUGUGAGAGCAUUGUGCCAAAUCUAUCGUGCCAACGGAUUAUUGACACAUUUGUGGGAUGACGGUGGGUGUGUGGGAAAGUCUGUCCGUCCGGACGGUGAGUGGUUGCUGUUUGGCAGGCUCGUGGAACGUGUGGCCAGCUGUUAUUUUAUGCAGGGCGUGCGGUGUAGUGUACGAGUGGAAAAUAAUUCUAUGAUCAUAAAGGAGUUUUAUGGUUACUGGUUUCAUGACUGUGUGGUGGGAUGAUCUUGGUGUCUCGUUGCUUGUUUUGCUAUUCAAGCGGACUGCUGGACCCCGCGUCACUGAUUGCUCUAGGCUGGAGGGAGAGAAUGGGCGUGGAACCAGCCAUGCAGUCUUGUGUUGGAACUAGCCAUGCAGUCUCGUGGUGGAACCAGCCAAGCAAUCUCGUUGUGGACCAGCCAUGCAGUCUUCCCGGGGAAUCCUCUUUCAGAAGGGCGAUUUUAUUGGAAGCCCCUGAAGAUGGGUAGAGGGUGAGGCUACAGCCCUGAGGUGAAGAGGCUACAGAGUUGGGCUAUCCUCUGGUGCCCUCUGAGCACCACAUGUGACCAGUGGUAGACCUGCUAGGGAAGAUGUAGUGAUUGGGCGGGCGGGUGCGAGUUGUGAAUUGCGUGGGGUUUGAUUCUCAUGUGGUGGAUUACUUCGGGAAUGUCCAUAGAUGCGUAGGGCUAGUAUGUCUUGUACCAAUUCUUGCAUUGUCUUGUCUUUCUGGGACUGUUCACAGAACCCAUGGUUGGGCUCUCUGAGAACGGUGUGUCUGGUUUGAGGACAAAAUGGGCGUGUGUGUGUGUGUGUCCCUUGAGUGUGUCUUUGGCUUGCUUGUGAUGU